AUGGCCAAUCGAUGGCUUAGGCCUGAGGUAUACCCAUUGUUCGCGGCUGUUGGAGUUGCCGUCGGAAUAUGUGGUUUGCAGUUGGUUCGUAAUAUCUGCAUCAAUCCUGAUGUCAGGGUGAGCAAGGAAAACAGAGCCGCAGGGGUUUUGGAUAACUCUGCUGAGGGAGAAAGGUACGCGGAACAUGCUUUGAGGAAGUUUGUACGAAACAAAGAACCAGAGAUUAUGCCCUCCAUCAAUAGCUUCUUCACUGACCAAAGUCGCAACUAA